AUGACGAAAAUAAAGGUCGUAACCCCCAUUGUGGAGAUGGAUGGGGACGAACAGACCCGAAUUAUAUGGCAUCUGAUUCGAGAAAAGCUAAUUGUGCCGUUUUUGGACGUAGAUUUGAAGUAUUACGAUCUUUCAAUGGAAAACAGAGAUGCCACCGACGAUCGGGUCACGAAGGAGUCAGCACUAGCGACGCAGAGAUUUGGUGUGGCUGUCAAAUGCGCGACAAUUACGCCAGAUGAAGCUCGCGUGAAGGAGUUCAAUCUGAAAAAAAUGUGGAAAUCGCCCAACGGGACGAUCCGGAAUAUUUUGGGCGGGACUGUCUUCCGGGAACCCAUUGUCAUCCCCAAGAUCCCAAGACUUGUUUCUAAAUGGUCCAAGCCAAUUGUGAUAGGCAGACAUGCUUACGGGGAUCAGUACAAGGCGACUGACGUGGUGAUUCCGUGCGAGGGUGAGCUUAAACUGGUGUUCAAGUCCAAAAACGGAGACCAGGACCGAGAUCUAAGUGUAUUCCAGUUUCCAAAGGCCGGUGGAGUGGCCCUGGCAAUGUACAACACUACAGAAUCCAUCAAGGGGUUCGCACGCGCCAGUUUCGAGCUUGCCUUGCACCGCAAAAUGCCGCUGUAUUCCACCACCAAGAAUACUAUCUUGAAAAAAUACGACGGCAAGUUUAAAGACAUUUUCGAAGAGAUGUAUGCUGCGGAUUACGAGUCCAAAUUCGCAGAACUGGGUAUUUGGUACGAGCACCGUCUCAUCGAUGACAUGGUGGCGCAGAUGCUCAAGUCAUCAGGAGGCUUCGUUAUUGCCAUGAAAAACUAUGACGGCGACGUCCAAUCAGACAUUGUGGCCCAAGGAUUUGGCUCUUUGGGUCUGAUGACCUCUGUGCUUGUUACACCCGAUGGGAAGACGUUUGAAAGUGAAGCUGCGCACGGAACGGUCACAAGGCAUUAUCGGUUGUACCAGCAGGGUAAAGAGACCUCGACCAAUUCCAUAGCCUCCAUUUUUGCGUGGACUAGGGGUAUAAUGCAGAGAGGAAAGCUGGACGAAACUCCGGACGUUGUUAAAUUCGCUGAAAUUUUGGAGAAAGCUACAAUCGACACCGUACAGGUGGACAACAUAAUGACAAAAGAUUUGGCCUUGAUGCUUGGUCUUUCGGAUAGGUCAAGUUAUGUUACGACAGAGGAAUUCAUUGAGGCGGUGGAACGGCGUCUUAGUAGUGGCUUUAAAGCGCAACAGUAA